ACCAAGGAUUUGGAAAUAUAAAAGGAGUUUCUGUAGUUCGUGGAGAGAGUGCUAGUAUUGCAACAUCUGUGGCCAAGAACACAAGAAGGUCAAGUACUGCAGAAAGGAAAAAAAUGGGUGAUCAUGGUGGUUGGAUUCUCCGAACUACUGAGAAGGGUGAUCUUGGAGAGUUUGGUGCAGGAGAAGCAGGGCAUUCUUUUAAACAUUAA